AUGAUCCUUGAUAUUCUCGCUUACUUGGCGGUGGUCAUUGGGGCUUCGUAUGUUGCCCUAACAUUCCCUCGGCUACGACAAGAAUGGAAGCUCUACUCGCACCGCUCACAACUUCCCCCAGGUCCCAAGAUCAUCAAGACAGGGAUCCAAAAGCCAUGGCUCUGGUUCCAGGAGCUGAGCAUGGAGUACGGCGACGUCGUCUACCUCCAAAUGGGCCCGACUCCAACAAUCGUGCUGGGCUCCGCCCAAGCGGCAUGGGACCUCCUCGAAAAGAAAGGUUCCAUCUUCUCGUCGCGACCACGCUUCAUCAUGGGCGGCGAGCUCCUCUCCGGCGGCAUGAGGGGCCUGAUGGCCUCUUACUCUCCCUUUUGGCGGCGCUGGCGGAAGCUCCUGCACAGCGGCUUCAUGCAGCGGCAGAGUGAGACGUACCGACCGGUCCAGAGUCUCGAGUCCAAGGUGCUCAUGCAUGAGCUCCUCACCAAGCCCGGAAAUUACCGACAACAUCUUGAAAGAUAUGCCGCUUCUGUGAUUGUGACAGUGACGUACGGUAGGAGGGUGGAGGAUAUCACCACUGAUAUCGUCGUCCAGCGCAAUGCCGAGUCGAUGGGACGUUUGACGUCGGUCAACAUCCCUGGCAAGUUUGCCGUCGAGAGAUACCCAGUGCUCAAGUACAUUCCCAGCGUCUUAGCCCCUUGGAAAGCCGAUGUCUUGAAGCAGAGGCAAAAGGACAUUCAGAUGUACACCGAGCUCAUGGACGAAGUGCGCGACCAAGUCGCCCGGGGCGUCGCGCCAGAGUCCUUUUCAAAACACCUGCUUCAAGAGCAAUACGACCUUGGCAUGUCAGACCUCGAGGUAGCGUACACGGCAGGCUCGCCUUUCGGGGCUGGUGUCGAAACAUCGGCCGGGUCUCUGGCCAGCUUUCUCCUAGCCUGUACCAAGUUUGGACCGCAGUUCAUUCCGAGAGCGCAGGAGGAGCUUGACAGAGUCGUCGGAAGCGACCAACUACCUACGUUUGAGGAUCUGAGCAGACUCGAGUAUGUCCGCGCCAUAGCCUCAGAGACGUUACGCUGGCGACCUGUCGCCGUCCUCGGCGGCACUCCCCACGCAAGCACCGCGGAUUAUGUCUACAAGGGCAUGUUCAUUCCAAAGGGCAGCACCGUCAUCGCCCCUCUCUGGAGCAUUCAUCUUAAUGAAGCAGACUUCCCAGAACCCCAUGAAUUCAGACCUGAGCGAUUCUUGAGCGACCGCGAGUACCCCGGCACUUUCGGCCACAGCGCUUUUGGAUGGGGCCGCCGGAUCUGCCCCGGCAUGCACCUCGGAUCUGCGUCUGUAGCCUUGAACAUUGCGAGGAUACUCUGGGGGUUCAAGGUCAACCCUGAAAAGGAUGAGAAAGGCAGAGAUAUUGAGGUGGACAUCUUUGCAUACUCGGAUGGCUUCAAUUCGAGUCCCUUGCCGUUCCUAUGCUCGAUUACACCCCGCUCGAUUAAACAUGCUCAAGUCAUUGAGCGGGAGCACGUGGGAGCUUUGGAAGCGUUGAGGGAGUACGCCGUUGUCGCGAGCAAAGUAUCUUGA